GGAGUGAUACAACUGCAACUAUCUGUAAGCGGCGAGAGACGUCAUGUCACGGCUGAACAAGGUAGCAUACGUUAGCCGUUCGUCAAUAUACAUUGUAGGGUAUGGUAGGACAUGAAUUGUACGUUAGCUAGGUUUAUGAUAUUAUAGCAAAAUUCCUUUUUGCCACAUCCCGGUUGAUGUUUAUGGAUUUCCAGAAGUUGACGUGUCUUUGAGCGGACUUCCAGGUAACGUUACGAAAAUGCCAUUGCAUGGGAAAAUAGUCGUGAUUAAGAGGAGUGGAGGAGAUGGGACUGAGUUUCCUCUUAUUUCAACAUGCCUAAUUGGAAGGAGGCCUGACUGCGAUAUUCGUAUUCAGCUUCCUCAAGUCUCCAAGGAGCAUUGUAGAAUUGACUUGAAUGAAAAUAAAGAGGUCAUUUUGACAAAUUUGAGCUCAGUGACUCCAACUCUUGUGAACGGAGAGGCUUUGCGGCAGUCUGAGCGUUUGAAGCAUGGAGAUGUGAUAACUGUUAUUGACCGUUCUUUUAGGUUUGAGUACCCUCCACCACCCACACCAAAGAAGAGGUCUUCCAAAGGAGGCAAAACUGAAACCCUCAAAGUUCUUCAAGAUCAGCAAGUGGGGGCCACUGUCGCCACCGAAACAGGAGAAAAAAGGAUCUCUGAAGUUACCGCCGACCCUCAUCUGAAAGAUGGAACUAACCAUGACAACAUCCAGCGACCCCUGGAGAAAACUGUGGAGGUGGAGACCAAGGAGGGCGAUGGCCUGCUGCAAAGCAAGACCGCCUCCCCCUUCAACGAUCUGUAUCAAAUGAUCAAAAAGUCUCUGGAUGUCAAGACCCCUCGGAAGUCUUCUGCCAGUGUGCUUCAAACACCUACCUCAAGGUUUUGCACUCCAAAACCGGGUUCAGUGAGGAAAAAUGAUGGAAAACCUGUCCUUUCAACAGAAGACAAAAGCACUCCAAAGAAGGAGGAAGCUAAAGUCUCUCCUGUAGCUGACGAAACUAAGGGGGAGGCUGAAAAUGUAAGUAACGGGACCCCAAAGUCUGUGAAGAAGCAGAGGAGGUCCUUCCAGGUUCCUUCUGCUGAGAUGGCCAGACCUUCAGUUGGAGAAGCUGAAAAUGCUGCCAACUCUGAAGCAACUUCACCCCAGAAGAGAAGCCGUACACCCCCCCAGAGGUUCAGCGCGUGUGAGGUUGAGCCCAAAUCGCCCGUGAGGCGGAGAAGCAAGGAGGCCGAACCUGCCGUGACCACGGAGGAACAAGAAGAGCAAGCAGUGACUCCUACCAAAACGGAUGGUCUUAGAAGGUCAUCACCAAGGAACUCUGGGAAAGAGGCGUCCAAAAAACGCAAAUAUGGAGAGGUGGCGGCCGACUCGCCCACACCACAGAUGAAAAGGAAACGGGUUUCCUUUGGAGGUUACCUGUGUCCUGAGUUGUUUGACAAACGUCUGCCUCCUGACUCUCCGUUAUGCAAGGGGGCCACUCCGCGGAGAAGCUUGUGUGUCUCUAAACCCAAGCAGUCACUCCUCAGACGAGCAUCAGCCAUUGGUUUGCGACAGGAGUUUGAAGAAGAGCAUCCAGAUAGCCCUAAUGUGCGAAGUCCUGCAAAAAUGAGGACUCCGUCACCUAAGUCAUCAAAGAAGUCACCAAAAGCCAUGACCCCCUCUCCCAAAGCUGCGCCUCCUGCAAAGAAGUCACCAAAAUCCAAGAGUCCAUCUCCUGCAAGAGGAAGGUCUCCCACUGUUGGUGUAACACCAGGAGUCCAGACCCCCUUAAUACAGGGGCGCUUCUCUGUGUCACACAUCAGCACACCAUCUCCAGUUGCAGAAGAUGCCGUAACUGAUCAGGUGCCUUUAGUCACUGUAACUCCUAAAGUACCCCUGAGGAGGAAGAGCAUGUCCCGGGAGACUCCAAGUACAGCAAAGAGUGCUGUAAAAGUAAUGCGCAGAAGAAGUGGCAUUUCACGGGCAUCUCUGAAAGUCAAAAAUUCCUGGGCAGACAUUGUGAGAUUUGGGCCAGCUAAGCCUCAAGUUGCUAUUCCGGCUAAAAAAAUGGUCACCAAAAAGGCAACAAAGAAGACUGUGUCCAAACCACAGACCCCUGCAAGAAAACUCAAAGACCAUGUCAGCACUGGACAUGCAGACUCACCUGUUACCAUUGUUGUGGGCAGAGCUCACAAGCAAAAGGCUUUACAUCCAACUGGUGCUGCGCCAAGACUGGUCACCAAUAUUUCACUCCUGAAAAAGAACAUGAAAAUGGAUGAGGACCUGAGUGGAAUUUCAGAAAUGUUAAAAACCCCUGCAAAUGAAAGGAAGAGGAGAUCAGUAAUUGGUGAGAACGAUGCCACAAAGACACCAGUGGGAGGUCUAGCCACAUCCAUGGUAGAACCAUCGGUGUUGAACACACCGGAGGAGCCAGGUGAAAUGAUGGUGUCUCCACUGAGUGUUUCGUCUACCGUAAAAGACAGUAGAUACAACACUGAAGCAGUCCAACGCCUCCUUAAUGAUGACCAAGAAUCUAGCAUCGUCAGUGACACCCCUGCCUUUGAGAUUCACUCCGACGAUUUUAGCGAACAGCAGUGCGCAGAUUUGAAGACGACCUCUGUAACAACUCCCAAACAGAAGCCAGACGUGCCAGAGUGUCUCACCGGAGUCAAGAGGAUCAUGAAGACGCCAAGACAGAAAGCCGAGCCUGUUGAGGACAUCAGGGGGAAGAUUUUGAAGACUCCUAAGCAGAAACCCGAACAACAAGAGUGUCUCACCGGAGUCAAGAGGAUGAUGACGACUCCGAGACAGGAGACCGAGCCUGUAGAGGACAUCAGAGUGGAGCUUCUGACAACUCCCAAACAGAAGCCUGAACAACAACAGUGCCUCAGCGGUGUUAAGAGUAUUUGUAAGACCCCACAACAGGAGGCUGAACCUCUUGAAGAUGUUCAUGGAAAACUUCUGCAAACUCCCAAAGCUCUAGAGGCUGGUGAUGCGAGUUUGGACGGUGUUGAGCAGACUGUGGAGACGCCAGCACACAUGCAAGAAUCUGAAGACCUAUCUGAAAUGACAGACAUGAAAACCCCAAACGUAAAAAGCUCCUCAUUGGUACCUCCCAGAGAAAAGGCCAAACCUGUUGAGGAGAACUCUGGUAUCAAGAGGCUUGUGAAAACACCGAGGCAGAGCCAUAGUGCCCCAGAGGAAGACUUUGGGGGACUUCAGGAGCUCAUGGAGGAGCCACUGGCUGAACCCACAGGACAACUGGAGACAAAUGAGGUUGAGGAUCAAACGGCUCCAGAUUGUGAUGAAGAUGUAGCAAAAGAAGCAGAUGCAAAUGAAGUUGUCGUUGAUGACCACAUGGAGGAGGUGCCAAGUGGACACAAUGAUAAUGAAUCAUCAGAUGCCGUGGAAACGAUCUCUCAAGCAGCUGUAGAUGAGAAUAUAUCUGAAGAGCAACCCACAGUGGACGCGGUAGAUGAGAUUUUACCUGAAGAACAACCCACAGUAGAUGCAGCAGAUGAGAAAAUAUCUGGAGAACAACCCACAGUGGACGCAGUAGAUGAGAUUCUACCUGAAGAACAACCCACAGUGGACGCAGUAGAUGAGAUUUUACCUGUAGAACAACCCACAGUAGACGCAGCAGAUGAGAAAAUAUCUGGAGAACAACCCACAGUGGACACAGUAGAUGAGAUUUUACCUGAAGAACAACCCACAAUAGACGCAGCAGAUGAGAUUUUACCUGUAGAACAACCCACAGUAGAUGCAGCAGAUGAGAAAAUAUCUGGAGAACAACCCACAGUGGACACGGUAGAUGAGAUUUUACCUGAAGAACAACCCACAGUAGAUGCAGCAGAUGAGAAAAUAUCUGGAGAACAACCCACAGUGGACACGGUAGAUGAGAUUUUACCUGAAGAACAACCCACAGUGGAGACUGCUACUGGCAAAGUCACAGAAAUGGACACAACUGCCACCGAAGCUGAGCAUGAGAAGAAAUCAAUUCGAGGCAGAAGGGCAAAAACAGCGGAGGACAAACGACAGGCAGCCGAACAGUCUGAAGAUCCUGUCGUCCUUGCUCCAGUCAGAGGAAGAAGAGGGAAGAAAACUGAAGCUGCAGCACCACCUGCUGUGAAACAAACAAGAGGCAGAAAUGCAAAGCCUCAAGAAGACAGGGAUGUUGAGCUCACAAUGGAGAAAAGUGCGUCCCUGCCUCCAAAAGUUGCCCUUAAGCCUAGAAGAGGAAGGAAUGCCAAAACGGCUUCUGAUGAUCAACCUGAGAUGGUCCAAGAGGUUGCCCCUGAAAUUGAACAGAAUCCACCUGUUGAUGUUGACCAAGCAGCACAUGACAGUGCAGCACCCCUGGAGAAGGCGGUGUUGAAGCCCAAGCGAGGGAGAAAAACUAAACAGCCUGAUCCACCAGUGCCAGAGCAGGAAGAUGUGCCUAGUACUCACAGUGACGGUGUUCCCCAAGCUGACAAGGCUAAUGCAGAUGCAAAUGAGGUCUGCAGUGACCAGCUGGAGCUGGUGCUGAGUGGAAGUGAUGAAAAUCAAGAACAACCCACAGUGGAGACUGCUACUGGCAAAGUCACCGAAUUAGACACAACUGCCACCGAAGCUGAGCAUGAGAAGAAAUCAGUUCGAGGCCGAAGGGCAAAAACAGCGGAGGACAAACGAGAGGCAGCCGAACAGUCUGAAGAUCCUGUCGUCCUUGCUCCAGUCAGAGGAAGAAGAGGGAAGAAAACUGAAGCUGCAGCACCACCUGCUGUGAAACAAACAACAAGAGGCAGAAAUGCAAAGCCUCAAGAAGACAAGGAUGUUGAGCUCACAAUGGAGAAAAGUGCGUCCCUGCCUCCCAAAGUUGCCCUUAAGCCUAGAAGAGGAAGGAAUGCCAAAACGGCUUCUGAUGAUCAACCUGAGAUGGGACCAGAGAAAGCUGUGGAAACAACACUGGUGACUGAGAUUCCCACUGAAGCUGUGAGUGACCAGACUCCAAUGAAAGAAAAUGAUUCUGCCCCCCCUGCAGAGGAAGCUGUCCUGAAGCCCGUUAGAGGGAGAAAAACUAAACCAACUCCUGUUGAUCCCCCUCAGCCAGAGACAAAUGAAGUUGUGAUUAAUGAGCCUCUUACAGCAGAUGCACAACCUCCAAAGUCCAUUCCUACUCUUGGAAAAUCCAGGAGAGGGAGACAGACAAAGCCUGAUGCUGUUGAACGGAAUGAGGUGAUGGAAGACACAGUUGUUGCCGUGGAGACCAAGCAGCAGUCUCAGCCUCCAGUCAGGGCUAAGAGGGGAAGAAAUGCUAAACAGGAAGAAGAAAAGCUAGAGUCCACUUCCGUUGAGACUGCUACAUCCCAGGAGCCAGCUAAAAAACUCCGGAGAACCAGGAAGGCAGAGCAAGACGUAGAACCGAGAGAAGUCCAAGCCAUUGAAAUGGUUAUUCCAGAGAAGGCUGAAGCUCCACUUGUUGCUGAACCAGUGCCGAUGGACGAACAGGCUACAGUGGCUGCAAAACCCAGGAGAGGAGGGCGGAAAGCAAAACAAGACCCUGAGCUCGAAACCCCUGCGGAGUCCACCGAGGUCCAAGAGGUCCCUGCCGUCAACUCCACAGACAAACUCAAAAGGGGUAGGAGAGGAAAACAAGUCACUGAAGAGGUUGGAGUCACCGCUGUAGUAUCAGAGGAAAAACCUGACCGCGAGCUGGAGGCUGAAGAGAAGACUAUUGCUGAGCCAGACACUCCAGUCAUUAAACCAAGCAGGGCAAGGGGGGUGAAAACUUCUGUAAAAAAUGAGGUUUCACAAGCCAUUCCAGCCAAGAGAGCCCGUCGAGGUGCUGCUCCUCCCCUUGAUGAGUCCAGUGCAGAAUCCACAGAGCCUGCGCCAACUUCAGUAGAGCCGGCCAAAAGAGGGAGACGGGCAGCAGCAAAGCCCACAGCAGAUGAUGCCACAGUGACCGGAGAGCAGCCUAAUCCUGCUGAAGAUUCAAGCAAUGCUGUUAUGGAAGACACCAAAAUGUCCAAAAGAUCGGUGAGGUGGAAAGCAGAUUUGGAAGUCUUUGACAUUUCAAAAGUAACACCUGUAAAAGCAGUUCGAGGUAGGAAACCAAAACUUGCAGUCCAAGUCGACACUGAAAGCAAAAAUGUGUCAAAGGAUGCUAACGAAACUGAAGAGGAUCUCUCAGGCAAAGUUGUUGAAGCUCAGCCCGUCAAGAGAGCCAGGCGAGGGGCAAAGGUCGCUGAUGUAACCACUGAAGCGGAGUCCACACCCACGGUGAAAAGCGUUGAGGCUGACACACAGCCAAAAACCCGAAGAGGAAGAAUCGCUAAGAAAUAAAAGCCUUUGUAUAUAUUCUUAAUCCUAAUCACAUUUUUCUUAUCUUUUUGUAAUUGUCAUUGUUCUUAGAUUGUAUCGCGUUUUAGAAAGUAUUUUUAUGGACAGAAAAUUAAGCACUGUUUCUUUCUCUUUUUUUUUUCAAUACAGCAGGGAAUUGUUUAAACAUUUAUUUUGUUACAAGGUGUAUGUUGUUCAUUGCUGAUUUUGCAAAUUUGUAUGGUGAAAAAAAAAGUGAUUAAAUCUUUUAGUACAAAAAAAAAAAAA